AUGUCAGACACAUUUGAGGUUCGUAUAACUGAGGAUGUAAUCAAAUUCCAAUCCAUGUUAAUCCCGUCAAGGUUUUUAAGAGAGAGAAUGGAACAAUUUCAAGCGACAUUUCAUUUGCGCACACCAUCAAAUGAAACCUGGGAAGUGCUAGUCAAAGCAGGACUAGGAGUAUCUAUAAUUGACAAGGGAUUAUCAGAAUUCAUGGAUUACCACAAAGUAGAACUGAACUACAAAUUGAUCUUCACUUUCAAUCCUCCAUAUGAAUUUAAAGUGGUCAUAAUCAAUUCUGGUGGUAGAGAGAUUUACUACCCUAAGAGGACACAAGAGCAUAACAUAGGGCUAACCAAUGUUUAUCAAAAUACAAUGCAUGCAAAUCUAAAUACAGAUGUUCAUGAGAAUGAAUUGAUACGCAAUUGCUUAAAUGAUUUAUACUACCAUGUAGAUCAUUUGGAAUCACAGAACCAUGUCAAUCCUUCUCAAUGGUCAUUUAAAUUUGUUUGCAAGAAUUACGAUUGGAAAUAUAAAGUGGUUGCGGUUGUAGUGGAUGAGACAGAUGGGAAUUUAUAUUGUACAGAUGGUGUUGAUGAACUUAUCAAAUACUACAAGUUGAAAGCAAGUUACGUAUCAUAUUUUACAUCAUCGAUACAAGAGCACAACAGUAAUCCUGAUGCAGAACCCCUUCCUACUCAGUCAAACUUUGUGUCUGUGAUGAACACCGCUGAUUGGAAAUACAAAGUGAAUAUUCCAAUUGAAUUUGCGAAGACGUUUCUUGGCUUGAAUGGGAGGUUGGUUCACAUACAAGUACCUGGUGUGCGUAAACAAUUUCAAGUUCAGUAUGUGACUCGGUUUAGUCAAGAGGGAGUCUUCAAGAAAGCAAGGUUUGAAAAAGGAUGGCGUGCAUUUGUGCAGGAAAACCAAUUGGGAAAGGAUGAUGAGGUGGAAUUCACUUUGACAGUGGCUGAUGACUAUAGGAUUGAGUUUCAAACCAAAUUACAAGGGCAAAGAGCGUGCUACAGCUUUGGAUAG